GUUUUGACUAAUUUGGUGCCUUUUUAAGUCUUAUCGAUAUGUCAUUGGCAUUUGAUCUAAAUAUUGGUGAAUAUAAACGAUUCUCUUCACAUCGACAAAACUUACUGUUGAUAACCUAGUGAAGGCAUAAAUAAAAUAAAAUAUUAUAAUUAUUAUAUUUAUGAGAGUGUUGUUGGAUAAAUUGCACAAUAUUUGUUCUUGUUGUGAUAUUUUGAGCAUGUUAUAAAAAUGUCACUUUUUGGAUCAGUUUGGAUGCCAAGAAAGAAAAGGACAUUUGUAUCGAUAUGCUUAGGGGCCCUAGUUAUCGCCCAGCUGACGGACGCUCAAUGUACAUAUGCCUACCUUAACUCGGUACUCAACCAAUGUAUGGAGGAUGCCUCUGGCACGGCGGAUACCAAAUGGUUGUUUCCAUUCGGAACCAUUGGCCAACAGAGCGAUCUGUGCAGUUACGUGGGAGCUGCUUUAAAAACGUGUAUCAACAAUAUAUUUGACGGCUGUAAACAGGACGCGAAGAGUUUGAAGUUGUUCCGGGACAAGGGAGAUAAUCUCGUGUCCGCGUACACCAAUUUGUGCGCGAACGAGUUGAAAGCUGAAGCCAGGGCAUGUAUGUCCGUCGUCAGUUCUGCUCACAGGACCACCUAUGGGACAGCUCAAGCCACAUUUGCGACCAACGUCGACGCAUUGCCCACCACCGCUACCGACAUUGAGAUAUGCGGCCUUGCGACCACGUUAAAGAACACGGCCUUGGUAACGAUCCUACCAACGUACUGCACGGAUAGCAAGCACCUGGCCGUAUGGCAAGGUUUCUAUAGCACCAUCUUGGAUACUUACGCAUGCGCAUCUUGUUUGGCGGGAAAUGACGCAGUCGCAAAUAGGUGCACUUCAUUAAUGCUGAUGGUAGCUUUGCAUGUUUCGCUUUUGUGUGAAACAAUGCAAUCGUACUUAUUUUGCUAAAAGUGUAAGGGUUUUGGUAAGAGGAAUACAUUUGUUUCAUAUCUUACAUUUUGUCGAAGAGAAAUACGACGAAAACAUCUUCUGCAAGGAGUUGUUAAAAUAACACCAUACUGUUGUUGUUGUCGUAGACAUUUGAAAUUAAUACAUCUAUCUUGUUGUUAAUGCGUUGUUCUAGUUUUAAAGAUGGAUAAUUUAAUUACCCUAAAGGCAUAAUUUUGAUACAGAUUUGAGGAAGCAAUACAACACACAUAACUUUUUUCUAUAUAAAUAUUUGUGUAAGCAAAUGUAAGAAACAUACUAUGAUAUAUUUGAUUACUAUUACGUUGUUCGUCAGCAUAAAACUCAGCUCGAUAUAAUGAAAAAGAAAAAUGACACAGAACAAUGUCUGUUUA